UCUCAUCCAAUUCAAUCUGAUCCGAUCUGAUCUGAUCCUCUCUAGCUUAAAAAUGCGAUUCAUUUGCGUUUUGAUCCUCGCCUGCCUGGCGUUCAUAGUGGAUCCGGCGUUAAGCGCCACCACCUCUACCACCCCCCCGGCUUCAACAUCCGACCCGGCGAGCACUCCGUCAACCGCCACCCCGACCUCUAGCUCCACCCCUAGCACCAGCUCCACAUCCACCUCUUCAAACUCUUCCACGACCGCCACCACCGAGGCCACCACCACCACCACCACUACCACCACCACGACAGCGGCCUCCACCUCCAAGUCUGGCAAGAAGAAGCACACUUACCGCCACAAGAACGUUAUAAAGAGGGGCAAGAAGGUCACCAAGACCAAGACGAAGAAGGACAAGAGCAAGGACAAGAAGAACAAGAGCAAGAAGAGCAAGUCCAAGAAGAAGGAGUCGAAGAGGAGGAGCAACCGCCGCAGGGGCUAG